AUGUCUAUAUGCAAAGCUGCCUGGUUGGUUAGCAGCACGAGGAGGGAGGAUAGCAGCAACUGCCUGGUUAGCCGAAGUUGGGAAGGAGUUGGCGGUUGGGCCCAAUAGCAGCAGGUGGCUCGACUGCAAUUCUAUCUUGGGCCUUUUGGCAGCGGUGACCAAUCAAUCAUGUCAGCAUCCCUCAGCGCUGUGGAUUGGCUUACGAUUGCACUCUAUUUCAUUGGUGUGGGCAUAAUCGGAACGACUGUUUCAAGGAGAGAGCACGGGAAACAGGGUAGUAGUGGCGGAGGCAGUGCCACAUCGUACUUUUUGGCGGAAAGAAAUGUCCCGUUUUGGGCGGUGGCUGCAUCAUUGCUUGCAAGCAACAUCGGCGCACAGCACUUCGUUGGCUUGGCGGGAACAGCAGCGUACAGUGGAAUUGCAGUCGGAUGGUACGAGUGGGGUGCAAUGCCAUGCGUGCUGGCACUUGGCUAUUUCUUCCUUCCUGUCUACAUGAGCGCAGGAAUAAACACAAUGCCAGAUUGGGUGGGGAGACGCUAUAACAGUUACUGCAAGACCUUCAUAGUUGUGUUGUCGCUAUUUCUGUACAUCUUCACGAAGAUCUCCGCUGCACUGUUUGCUGGGCAACUCAUUAUCUCAGAGCUGAUUGACGUGAACAAAUUCGCAGCCACAGUCGCCCUUAUCGUAGCUACAGCCCUCUACACCGUCACAGGGGGUCUUGCAGCAGUCGUGUACACAGAGACUCUUCAAACAGUUAUCUUGUUGCUUGGAGGAUGCAUGAUGUUAGCCGUCGGAUUGCAGAAAGUGGGUGGCUUUGGCGGACUCAAAUCAGAAAUCAAUCACAACAGGAACUACUUCCACCUGCUGAGGCCUGCAAGCGAUCCGACUUUCCCUUGGACAGGCUUUAUAUUCGGUUACUAUUUUGUUGCGUUAUGGUAUUGGACGACAGACCAAGUUAUUGUCCAGAGAGCUUUGGCAGCAAGAAACAUCCAGCAUGGAAGGGGCGGUUGCGUUGCCGGGUGCUACCUCAAGUUGCUCCCGGGCUUUAUUAUGGUUGUCCCUGGAAUGAUUGCCCGUGCGCUCAUGCAAAGGAAAGGGGUUGUGACGAAGGAUAGCCACCAACAAGUUUUUGACAGAGCGUACCCGUGGCUUGUUGUAAAUGUGGCACCUAAGCACACAAAGGGAUUGCUUAUUGCAGCCACGGUGGCCGCGUUGAUGUCUUCCCUAGCAAGCAUUUUCAAUUCAUGUGCAACUAUCUUCACAAUGAACAUUUACAAGCCUUUCUUCCCUCGAGCUUCUUCAAAAGAGCUAGUCUGGACUGGUCGUGUGGUCGUCGUUUUGACAGCUGUUGUCAGUAUGCUCUGGCUUCCUCUCAUACCCGUUUUUGGUGAACAGCUCUUUCUCUACACCCAGAAGCCGCCUUCAUAUGUUGCACCGCCCAUUUUCGCAGUCUUCCUGUGGGGCUUGCUUAUUCCCUGGGUCAAUGGGACUGGUGCCCAGUGGGGCCUAACAAUCGGAGUCAGCCUGGGCGUUAUCCGCUUCUUCUUCGAAGUUGUCCACGGAUGGGUGGGCGCAUCGCGUUUUCUUGCAGCUCUCAACUCCCUGAACUUCCUUCACUUUGCAGCCUGCAAUAUGGCAGUGACAACUGCAAUAAUCUUGCUAGUUAGCUGGAGGACGAGCAAAGGAGGACAUCCGCUCAUGGCGGAGGCGGGGGAUGGCACCACAGCAACUCAGGGAGAUAGUAUCAGAUGUGUUAUGUGGCAUAAGGGAUUGUAUGAAAAGCUUGUCAACAGCGAUGCAAAAGAAAGAAGUCAAGCGCCAUACGUGAAUGUUAAUGGAGCUCGGGCGACGAGCACGGAUGGAGAGGAAAUGUCUUCCCCCUCCGUACACGAGGAGCCCAGUCCAAAGGCCUCGCCAUUUCAGAUGGUCCUCGACGAGGCCAUGACGGCUCGGAACCCAAACAUGCUGCUGCUGCCUGCUGGUGUCGCAAAUUCUUCUCUUGGAGAUGGUGGUGCCGUCAUUAUGGCACACGAUGAGAUUCAAGCAGUUGGGAAAGCUCAAGAAGUCGAGUUCUACUCCGCGACCUCAUCAAGGGGGUCGUUACUUGACAGAUCCGAUCGCCGUGCAGCUAGCAACAGUGGGGACAUUGCUCAACCCACCACUGCUAAUGGGUUUGAAGCACUUUCCCCUACUCCAACUGAUGACGAAAGUGAGGACACAAUGGGCACAGGAAGAUUUUUUUUUAGUUUUAAAAUGCCUUUGAACAGAUGGAUUCGACUACAGCAGGAGCCAAGAAAAAGGAUGGCAGCUGCAGUGUACGCAGGAAAAUGGAGUAAGGACAGGUUCCCAGAUACAAUCAUUGAUAUUGCUGCCAUUUGUAUAUUUGUAGGCUUCCUGGCAGUUAUCAUCACGUUCCAUUAGGACAUCAGGGGAAUGCAAACGCGAGUGAUUCAAGCUCAGAAUUGAACGUUCAGUGUUCACCCUCAAUAUGUCAAGAUACAACUGAGCUGUGGAUGUUGCGGGGAGACCGACCGUAUGGUGCCGCAGGUGUUAGCAGAUAUAGUUUCCUGGAGUGUGGUUGCCCAACAGUGGAAAGUUGCACGUCCUUUUCUUCUUUUGCGCAUGGCGCAUUCUUCUCCUUUCCCAUCUGACAGGAACUGGUUCGAUGGAUAUCCAUGCAGCCUCCCUCGCUGCAAGCACAUGACCCCCCCCUUCCCUCCCUCACACACACACCUAGUAUCAUCCUUGCUCAUGCAUGCCCAGGUGAGCUGCAGGCAGUAUGCAAUACAAGGAUCACCAGCAUGGGAGAGAGAUGUAGUGUAGCACGGCAGAAAACUCGAAUCAUACAUGGACUGAUAUGAUAAUGCAGCACAAUCGACAAUGUCACAGAGAUCU